CUGUGUGUGUGGAGGCAGUAGCAGCUGGACUACUCUUGGCCCUGCUGCUCUUUCUCAGUGGCUCUCUGAUCCAAAGGUCUGGCGUGUUGCUCUCUGUGCAUAGACGCUGUAUGUGUAGUCUGUCCAGCUCAACUCCGGUAGGAGUCAGUCAGUGUAUAUAGGGGGAGUUACAGUGCAGGGCAGUUUCUGUGAAGGUGUCAUCAAGACCAUUGCUGUUUUCUUUCUGCAGCAGGUAUAGCAGACAGAGUCAUGCUGAAAGGGGGCAUGGCCAAGGCAGUGCUGCCCAAGCCAGGGCUCCAGGAGAGGGCCAAGCAAGCCUCCCUUGCCCCCUCUACCACCACCUCCACCACAGCUACAGGCAUCAAAACCUCCAGAUCCUCCAACACCCUGGCCACAGACCUGCGCCUUAGCAGGCUGAAGAGGGCCAGUAGUGAUGACACACUGGCCAAGCCUGCCCUGGGUGCGGCAGCCACAGGCUCACGCAUGAAGAAGACUGUCACUGCAGGGGCCAUCUCUGACCUGGCCGAAGCAAGACCUCGCAGCCUCUCAGGCGUCCAAUCAGGAUCCAAGAAGUCUGGUAUCCCUGCCCCCAGGGAGAUUCCUCCCACCAUGACCCGGGACCGUGUGUCGCUGAGGGACCAGCUGCGGACCUCCACGACCAAGAAGAUGACCCCCAGCGCCAGCACCUCCAGCCUGGCCACCCUGGCAGCCAAGCACCAGCGUGGCUCCACCACCACAAAGCCCAGGGUGGACGCUGAGGGCUCGGAGAGAGGCUUCCUGGAGUGCCAGGUGAAGGAGCUUCUGGCCGAGGCCAAGGCCAAGGAGUUUGAGAUCAGCAAGCUGAGGAUAGAGCUGCAGCGCUGCCGGGGGAAAGCCUCGUUGUCUUCAUCCCCCUCGCCUCACAACACCCUCUCCACCCCACCCGAGGGUGCCCCCGAUCAAGGCCAAGGUCUAUCCCAGCAUGCCACAGAUGCCCAGGCCCUGGUAGGGGAGCUGAGGGAGAAGAACGGGAAGUUCCAGAGGGAGCUGGCGGCUCUGAGGGAGGAGAACCAGGCCCUGAAGGAGAAGCUUCUCUCCCUGGAAACUUUGCAUGCCUCUCCUCUGUCCAACAACACUACCACCACCACCAGCCCCUCCAAGCCCUCCGUCAACGGCCUCCCCUCAGAAAACAACACUAGUCCCCCAGCCAAGUCACCCACACCCAGCCCGCUCAAAACCUCAGUCUCCUCCGGCAGUGACAUCACCAAGGGCUCGCCCUCUCCGGACUCCUCAGAGUUUGAGAAGAUCCCGUCGCAGUCUGACUCAGUGAGCAGCAGUGGUGUAGGGGUGGGGAAGGGUCCGGGUCGCGACCCCUCAGUGGAGAGCCUGACGGAGCAGAUCCAGAAGAUGGAGGAAAGUCAGCACAGCACGGCAGAGGAGCUCCAGGCAACACUACAGGAGCUGGCCGACCAACAGCAGGUGGUCCAGGAGCUGACGGCUGAGAAUGAGCGCCUGGCCGAGAAGAAGGGCCUCCUACAGACGUCGCUGCAGCAGCAGAGGGAGAGGGUAGAGUUGCUGGCCCAGAAGAACGAGGCCCUGGCCGGGAAGCUGCAGGAGGUGGCCCAGGUCCAGAGCGGGGACGAGUCCCGGGCAGCUGAGCUGGAGCAGCGCUACACUGACCUGGUGGAGAGCUCUCACUCAGAGAGGGAGAAGCUGGUGGACAUCCAGCAGCAGCUGACGGGGAGCCUGAGGACCCUGGAAGAGGAGCACCAGGAAACCCAGGGGCAGGUGAGGUCCCUCAGGCAGGAGAGGGAUGACCUCCAGGGCCGGCUGGAGAAGGAGGUGGAGGCCGGGGGUGAGAUGACGCGGGAGGCUGAGGAACAUAGGGCUGCAACGGAUGCCCUGAGGGUGGAGAACGGACGGCUCAAAGCCCAGGUGGACCUAGAGAGACAGAAGGUUGGGGAGCUGAAGGCCAUGCAGAGUGCUGGGGACAGCACAGAGUUGCAGAGGCUGCUGAAGGCGGCCCAUUCUGAGAGAGACAGACUGGAGGGGGAGGUAACAGAGCUACGGCAGGAGCUGCUACAGGCCCAGACUGACACUGAACACGCACAGGGACUGCUGUCCAAGGCUGAGGCUGAGUGCAAGCAGGUGGCAGAGCGAGCCGUAAGGCUUGAGGAAACGCUGAGUGGCCAGGUCAGUGCCCUGGAGAAGGGGGGGCAGCAGGCCGACGGCCAAAUCAAGGACCUGAAGGAGACCAUCUUUGAGCUGGAGGACCAGGUGGAGCAGCAGAGAGCCGUCCACCUCCACACCAACCAGACCAUCCUGGACCUAGAGCACCAACUCAAGAAGCUGGAGGAGCAGAAGUCAGAAGUGGAGAGGCAGCUGAAGAUCUUGAGUAAACAGAUGAAGGAUGAGACGGAGGAGUGGCGGCGGUUCCAGGCAGACCUCCAGACAGCCGUGGUGGUGGCCAACGACAUCAAGGUAGAGGCCCAGCAGGAGAUCCGCUCUCUGAGGAGGAGGUUACAGGAGGAGCAGGGGCGCAGCGCCAAGCUCUCAUCAGACCUGGAGCUGCAGAAGGGAGUCAAGUCGUUGCAUGAUGACUCUGAGAGUUUCUCAGAUGCAGAUGGCAGUCCUCAUUGGUGUAGCAUCUCCAUGACCCAGACCACCCAGACCCAGUCCACCUCCUCGCCCAUUAACACCAACGGCAACGCUGCCUCCUCCCCCUCAGAGCCCGGAGCCACCGUCAAAUCCCUCAUCAAGUCCUUUGACACAGCUGUACAGAAUGGACCUGGUCCUGGACACACGGUACAGAUGCACUCCUCACCUAGAAGCCCUCUGAGUGGGAUCCCUGUCCGCACAGCACCCGCAGCUGCUGUCUCCCCCAUCCAGAGGCAAUCGUCUAUCAAACCGCUCUCAAAGACACUGGAGAAAAGGAUUAACCAUGGAGAGUUCUCUCAUUCAGAUAAGUAUGGGGGCUCUGGGGAUGAGCUGAAGCCCAGCAGCCUUAUGAGGAAGAGUCCUUCCCUGGAGUCGGUCAUCAAGUCCCCAGCAACCUUCAGCAGCCGCAGCCACUCCAUGAGCUACAACAAGAACAACAGCAAGCUCAGUGUGGAAAGAAAGGACCCCUUGGCUGCACUAGCGCGGGAGUAUGGGGGAUCUAAGAGGAACGCUCUACUGAAGUGGUGCCAGAAGAAAACAGAAGGCUAUCCGAACAUUGAUGUGACAAACUUCAGCAGCAGCUGGAGUGAUGGCCUGGCAUUCUGUGCUCUCCUCCAUACAUACCUGCCCGCACACAUCCCUUACCAGGAACUCAUCAGUCAAGACAAGGGCCGGAAUCUGUCCCUGGCGUUUCAGGCUGCAGAGAGCAUUGGCAUCAAACCCUCCCUGAGUGCUGCAGAGAGCAUCGGCAGCAAACCCUCCCUGGACAUUGAUGAGUUGAUGCACACGGACAGACCGGACUGGCAGAGUGUCAUGCAGUAUGUUUCUCAGAUCUACAAGUACUUUGAGACUUGACCAGAGAACAGGGGGCAGGAGGACAGGAGGAGGAAGAAGAAAGGAUGCACCGCAGCACUUUCUGUACGGUCCAUGUCCCCUUCUCUCAACAUGGAACCCUAGAACCCUUAUUCCUCAAACACACUGACUGAACCCCCUCAACUGACUCUCACAUCCUCCUCAACACUAAAAAUUUGAACUUGCUUGGAUUUACUGUUUUUCUAACUCCUACGUACAAAAUGGUACAAUCGACACUUUGUGUUAGAAUGCUGAGAUCUGUGACUGCAAAUAAGAAAUAUAAAACCUUAUUGUUAGCCCUUACAUGGAAAGACAUGAUGCAAUUACUUUUUAUUGUUUAUGUUGAAGUCCAAUGAUUAUUUAGAAAUUAUACUUUAAAGGGAUAGUUCACCCAAAUUACAAAAUUACAUAUUGGUUACCUUAUCCUGUAAGCAGUCUAUGGACAAGGUAUGACAGCAAUCCAUGCAUUGGUUUAGUUUCCUUGAUACUUUUUCCAAAUGCUAAUGUUUUAGCAUUUGUGGCACAAAUCCCAUUCAAGUCAUGGCACCGAUAUUAGCAUUGUUCGCACAUGUCCAAAUUAUCCGAAAGUAUCUAAAAUGGAUUAUGAGCUCAACAAAGUCACUUAUAGAUGAUUUAAACAUGAUUGGCGAAAAAUGCUAAUACCAUGACUUGAAUGGGAUUUGUGCCACACAUGCUAAAACAUUAUCAUUUGGAAACAGCGCCAAGGAAACUAAACCAAAGCAUAGAUUCAUUCCAUCUCCAUAGACUACUUACCAAGGUUAUUGUGGUAAAUCAAAACUGAAAUUAAAACAAAAACGAAUCAUUAUAAAUUAUUGAGUAAACUGAAAUAAAGUAAUUAGCAACCCGUUUGAAAAACUAAAACUAUACUGAGACUAUUAUCUUUGACUCCAAAACAAACAAAAAUAAAAUAAAACACAUUGAAUGAAACAUUAAAUUAAACCAUCACAACAAAAAUGUUAUGGAUUCUCAAUCCUUUGGGGGGUUUUCAAACAACUAGAAUUUCUGCUGACCCACCCCUCCACAAAUCUAACAACACAACCUUCAAAUCUGAAAAUGUAUAUUUUUACAUCAACAAAUAACCUUCAAUUGAUUACAUUUUCAUCUCGCUCAUCAAAUGUUUUGAACCAAUAAAUACAUCCCCCGCGACCCCUCUAGGAGUUGCGACCCCGAAUUUGAAUACCACUGGCUUAUAGCGUAAGGAAACUAAUACAUCAUAUUGUAAUUUGGUGAACUAUCCCUUUAAAGGAAGAGUUUGGUUUUACAUGAGAAGCCUAUCAAAUCAAAUUGACUGCUUUCCGUUCGUCCAAAAGAAACCAAUGCCUUUGUUUUUGUUUACGAGACAGACCCAAGUUGCCAUCUAUUGGCACUACAAUGAAUUGACAACACUACAUGUAGCUCUGAAUAAUAUUUUACAGUCACACUAUUUAAUGAAAAUGUGUUAUUAUUAAUAAGAAAUGUCUUCGCUGUUUAAGCACAGUGGGCCUGACUGACUGACUCAAUUAAACCAUUAUAUGGUGUCCUUUAGCAACUGUUGUUUUGGGGUUUUGCACAGCAAUAUGAUUUUGUCUCCAGCAAGCCUCUUUUAGCUGUAGCUAUCAUACUGGGGAUGGUCGAGGGAACAUAACUGCAAAAGGUGUUGAAACUAGGACAAUUACGAUGAUGUCAUCCAAAUGUACCAUGAGAAACAAUCCGGAAUGAACCAACAACCCUGAAUGUUUAGCUUCAGUCAUGGUUAGUCUCUGAUAAAGGAAGUACUGCAGUACAGUAUUUAUUUAUAUAUGUGCUCAGAAAUGUGAGAAUGAUGCAGGAAAUGUACAGUUGAAGUCGGAUGUUUACAUACACUACUGCUGGAGUCAUUUAAGCUUGUUUUCAACCACUCCACAAAUUUCUUGCUAUAGAAAUUAUAGCAAUUUCUUGCUAUAACAAACUAUAGUUUUGGCAAGUCAGUUACUUUGUGCAUGACACAAGUCAUUUUUCCAACAAUUGUUUACAGACAGAUUAUUUCACUUACAAUUCACUGUAUCACAAUUCCAGUGGGUCAGAA